AGUUGAUCAGUGGCAGGCGGAGAGCGCUCUGUCACGGCUGUGCGUAAAGAAGAAAAAAAUCGUAUGUUUUGUAUUGAUUUGUGAUUUUUUAACUCCUGAGACGAUGGAGCAAACGUGUCCGGAUCUAUGAUAGUUUAACGGGUUUAUUUUGGGGGCAAUAAUCGCGCUGUUUUGCAGCAUUGAUGACAAGAUAGCAAACCUGAUGCGGUGUGCCAUGUGGGACUGAAUGACGUGCCAUGUUAGCCACGCAGAUGCCAGAGACGCUGCCCGACACUAAAGAUGUUAAACAGAUUAAAGACAGGUUGGUCCAGUCGCUCAAGGCCCUUCAGAAACGCUACGUGACGUCAGACACUGUGGUCACCAGUGAAGAUGGUGAUGCGAACCUCCUCUGUUCCGCCCUCGAGGCCGUGUUCAUCCAUGGCAUCAGGAGCAAAUUCAUCCGCUCUGAUAAUGGGAUCAGAGGCAGGAAGAAGGAGAAAGGACUUCCUCAACCCGCCUUCUGGAGCCUCCUGAAAACAGUUACACAUCGUGAUGUCAUCACUGAACUGGAGAAGCUCAACUUUGUGACGACGGAGGUGGGCCGUUGUCGUGCUUGGUUACGGCUAGCUCUCAACCACGGCUUGCUGGAAUGCUAUCUAGUUUCACUGUUCAGAGAGGAGUCCAAACUGCAAACCCACUACCAGCCCAAUGCCAUUUUGUUAAACCCAGAGGAGCGAGAGGUACUCCUUAGCUACCUCCAAGGCCUCUCCUCCCUCACAUUUGACCUGUCCUACAAGUCCGCUGUCUUGAAAGAGUGGACCACAACCCCACUAGCUUUAGCCGGACUCUGCCCCAUGUCCCAGCUGGAUGCACUUGAGGUCAACGGAGAUGCAACAGCUAAAGCGAAUGGUAGCGAAAGUUGGGAUUCGGUCUCACAAACAUCCAGUUCUUCAGAUGCGCUGGAUUUGCCAAAGGAGGGUCAGGUUUUGUAUGCCGGACAAGGGGACAACGGUGGAACAGAUUUGACCUCUUCAAAUUUAAGUCUAGACACCACUGGUUCGUCCCACCUCUCCUCCAGCCUGAGCUCUGACAGUCUGCUCCAAGGACAGGAGUUUAGGAGUCCUGCAGCUGAACAGUCCUCUGCCAGUGACCUAGAUGUCUCUGUUACUGUCUGUUCCAACAGACCAGCAAAAGAUUUGUUUAAAACCCAGGACUACUUCAGCCAGGACUCGAUGCGUGAGGACUCCUUUGUCUCCAGCUCGGGUCCGGACCAGCUCUCCGAAAACGCCAUAUCGAGCAGCUCCGACAGCGAAACACAAGAAACACCAAUCCAAAACGAGACCAACCAGGAGACCAAUCAGGAGACCACCCUCACUGAUCCUUCACCUCCACCCCAUGAGCUAAUACUAUGUAGCGAGAUUCCAGAAGAUAUAUCCCCUUCUAAUGAAUCUAACCAAAAUGUUGAACCUAAUUUGGACUAUGAAACACCUGAAAAAGUAAAAUCCAGCAAUGAAGAGGGGAAGUCAGAGCCUGUCCCAAAUGAAGAAGACUCAAACAUGAGAAAAGACAGUUCUGAAGACCAAUCUGAACCAGUGGUUGAGCAGGAGGCCCGUCGCUCUGCCAGUGUUCUCAGCAGACAGCACUCAGAAUCACUAUCAUAUUCUCGCUCGUGGAUCUCAGAUGAUGAUAUAUACAAACCGACGCUGGAGGAAGUCCCAGAUCUGCACCAGGAUGAAACUUCUGUCCAGGGUCCAAACCUCCCAGAACCCAACGCUCCCCAGUCCACUCCCCCUCUCAGUGUUGUACACCGCAGGAAAACUGGACUUUCCAAUCCUUUCCGCGGGCUGCUGAAGCUCGGACACCUGGAGCGGCGUCAUGCCAUGGGAAUGUGGCGUGACUACUACUGUGAACUCUCUCCUUUUGAGUUCAGGCUUUACCUGAACGCUGAGGAGCGCACCUGUGCAGAGAACUGUUCCCUGGUGCGCUGUGACGACGCCCGCCUCUCCUCCUCAGACGGGCGAUUUGAGCUCUCAUUUUCGGGAAAAAGGCUGUACCUGCGAGCGGCCGAUAGUGGAGAGGCUGAGGACUGGCUGGACAGGAUCCAGGAGGCGGUGCAUAAGUGCAGACCAGUGCCCCGUGUGGACGAGCACUGGGAGGUGCUUCAGUUACCCCCUGUGGCAUCGGUGCCCUCCAGUCCAGACCUGGGGGGGUCCUCCUCAGACUCAGGCAUCAGUGAAGAAGCUCCUCAUCCUAAAGUGUUUGACUGGUCUCGUUCAUGUGAUGUGGAGAGUGACGCCAUCAAAGAGUCUGUGCUGUACUGCUGCACUGACUCUGAGGCGCAGCAUUGGGCUCCUCUGGUCUUCUCUUUGUCUCUGGAGGCGCUCAAAGGUUUUAAGCUGCAGGAGAACAGGAAGCAGCUCUGGAUAAACCAUCCCAUUCAGGACAUUAGGGAUGUGGUGCCAGAUGUGUCUAUGGGAGGAGCAGAGUUUUUCAAACUGCUGACAGUGAGAGAGACCCUCAGGCUGAGAGCAGAGAAUCCCAAAGAGGCGCGCUCCUGGAGGGACCUGGUCCGCGGAGCACUGGACUCAUAUUUGGAGAGUGGAGAGGACGGGACAACAGAGGAGCCCAUCGUUGCUCCAUCAGGGAUCAACGGAAACCUCUACAGACUGGUGCAGCACAGGCUCAAGGAGGAUGGCACUCUACUAACUCACCUGUGCACCGUCCCAGUAGAGAAAGGGCUGGACUCGCAGAGCUUCAAAUGUGCAGGAUGUCCACGUCAGAUCGGCCCAUCCCGCAGCAGAGCGAGGCUGUGUGAGUUCACAGGACAGUACUACUGCGACUUCUGCCAUGUUGGAGAAACCACCAUCAUCCCCUCUCGUAUGGUCCACAACUGGGACCUAGUAGAGAGAGAGGUUUCGAAGAAGGCGCUGCGGCUGUUGGCAGAGGUGCAGCACGAGCCUCUGCUGAACCUGGAUCAGUUGAACCCAGAUCUGAUGACUCAUUCCGAAUCCAUGGCCCAAAUCCAUAAAAUCCGACAAAAACUCCGGCUCUUAGGUGAUUACCUGCUCACCUGUCGUAGCAACGCCUGGAAGAGACUACAAGCCAGGAUGGAACAGAGGCCUUACCUUUUGGAGUCCAGUCAGCUGUACAGUAUCCUGGAUCUACGACAGAUCGCAGAGGGCCAGUACCCUAUAUACUUGAUCACAUUGGUGCAACUCGCGUCUAACCAUGUUUUCCAAUGUGACCUAUGCACUCAAAGAGGUUUCAUCUGCCAAACAUGCCACUCCAAUGAAAUAAUCUUUCCUUUCCAGUUUGACAGCACCACUCGGUGUAAAGAUUGUAAGGCAGUGUUCCAUCUUCAUUGUAAAUCUACCAGCGAUCCAUGUCCGCGAUGUUUACGAAUAAAAAAAUACCAAGAGCGGGACAUGCAAGACUGACCGGCCUGCAGUACCUCGCAUGUUUCACUAGAGGCCGGACUUUUCCAAGUCAAGAAAGACUGAACAAUACAACCUGAAGUGCAAUUAUGAGAACAACUUGUUUGACUUGUAGGACUUGGUUUAUUGAUAGAGUUCAAUCCAAAGCCUUGUUAACAGCUGUGAUGCCAGCAAAUCACAGCCAAUGUUACUGAUACCUCUGCCUUCAGUUUAGCCUCAACAUCAAAUGAAAGACCAGGUAUAAAUGAAGGAUGUUGCCAAGAACUAUCCCCCCCCUUUUUUCAUUUUUUUUUUUUUCUCAAAGUUGUAUUUUUUGUGUUUAAUCAAAAAAAACGACAUUGUACAUAUACACUGAUUGAGCACAACAUUAUGACAAGGAGACAAGGAAUAUAUUGGAUUGGUUAAAUUUUUAUGGCAAGUUCAAAGCAGAAGAUUCAUGGUAGACAGUCGGGUCCAGAGAGAUCACAUUGCUCUGGUUGCCAUGGUAAUGUGUUUGCAUCUGUAGCCAUAAACAGCCCUGAAAUGAUAUAUUUUUAGGCUGUUUUAUUGUAUGGUGUAACUUGAGAUAAAGCUACUUCUGCUAACAUGUUAACUACUCCAAAACAUUUCCAUAAAUCUAACCUUAACCAAAUACCAACCUUAACAAAAAAAAAAACAUGUUCCUAAACAGGCACUUAAUCAUAUUGAAUGAGGUACCAGAUAGGAACAGUGGUGAACCAAUAAAAUGAAAAUGUGCUAACUCAGAUCCCUAAAUAAGUUAUGCUGGUUCUUGUAUGAAGUUGCCAGAAUUCUGUUUUGAAUAUUUGGCAUGGAGUCAUAAUGUUACGCCUGAUUGAUGUAUGUCUCAAAUUCAUUAUUAUAGUAUUUAAUUAUGUGAUGCAUUCAGAGGUGUAAUUUGGACAAAAUGGUGAUAAAGGUGAUUUUGACAGUGCCUUCUUUGUUUUUAGCCUUACUUUUGUUUUUGUAACCAAUGUUGUCAUGGAAGUGUAGCAUAAUUAUAAUUACAAGUCUGAUUACUCAUAUACUGUCUGUGAAAAUCAAGAUCCUAAUUUAAAAUGACACGAUGAUGGAAAACACUGAUGCUGCUUACAUUCAGCCAUUAUUAAUUUUAUAGCACAAAUUUCAAAUCAACAUUUUAAGGAACAAUUUUAUUUUGCUAGUUUGCACAUAGCGAUGACUGUUAAAAGGUUAUGAAUCUGAACUAAAAUAGAUUUGUAACACUUUUUAGCACACUUACUGGACAUAUGCAGUUGUAUCUCCUGAUGUUUAAGUGAUGUAGCAUUGAUUUUUAUUUACAUUUUAAAGGAAAGAGCAAAUAGGUUUACUCAUUGGGUGCAUUCCACACCUGUCUCUUUAAGUUUGUGGCUAC